AUGGAGGAGGUGCGAGGCUCGCCAGCACGCAGACUCUCGCAGAUCCUCGAUCCGAUCGCGCGGCUCACCACCGAUUUCGGCUCGAAUUCAGCACCGUGUAGCCCGAGACUAGGUGUACGUGGCCACGAACCUUCUGCCGGCCACGAACGAACAAGUCCAGCGAGUGAAACGUCGGUGAGAAGGCAACAAGCUGGGUCAGAUGCUGGCAGAGCAGCAGCAGGAUUGGCCAGCGGAGCCGAGAGUCCUCGCUUGUGGCCACGACAAUUCCGCCAGGCACCUGCACCACCCCCUAGACCAAGACACGGCGGCUCUGGUAACGCGAAUAAUAAUCAUUCUGGUGGAAGCACGUCCGCUUCUGGAAGUCUUCAGGCGCCUGUACACGCUCGCGACUCGCCGUACGUCAACGUACCGAAUCUGUUGUUCCAAAAGGACAAGGGUUUCGCGGAGGCAGCGAGAAGCGCUGGCUACGUGGAGCUGAGAGAGACGAAACCAAAGUGUAGCCCGUACGAUUUCACGUCGGAGUCGAGCGGCCACGUAGAAUACACGGACAAACGAACGUUCGCCGCGCAAACCGACUUCGACGGUAGCGGUUGUUACGAAGCUAAAGAUCUGGCCGCGUUCGCCAGGGCCAGGUCGAAUUUCGAUCCUGGACCAUCGCCCAGGGGACACUUUGAUCGCGCUUAUUCGUUCUCCGGGAGGCAACAGGAGCAACAAACCGGCCGGAUUUUCGCGGAGAAUCGAUUGUACGUGGAACAGAGAAGCAGAGAGGCUGCCAGUUCGGAGGCGAAGAAGGAGAAGCUCGAGAGCAGACCCGCUUACGGCGCGUCGAAGAGCUUCGAUGGAUACUCGACCACGGUGGAGGAGCUUAAUUGGCAGGAGAGGUGCCUCGAGCUGCAACUCGAGCUGCACAGAAGCCGCAGCCAGGCCACCAGGGUGCGAGACAUGCUCAGGGAGAAGCUCUCGGAGCUCGAGCAGCGGGUGUUGGAAGCGGAGGGCCGAGCAGACGAGGCGGAGGACAAGGUACGGAUGAUGGAGGAGCGGCUAGUGAAGGGUGAAUACUGCUUGAGCACAUCCGGCGUUGGUUCUCCACCGCAUUCGCUGCCGUCGACUUCCGGUACGCAGAAUGAGAAGGUCGACGAUGUCCACUGCGCUUGCAUCUCGAAGCUAGAGACACAGGUCGAGGAACAGAGACAGUUGCGGCUUCAAGACGCUAGGCAGGUCGAGGCGAAGGCCGCGAGGAUAAAGGAAUGGGUGACGAAUAAGCUGAGGGAGCUGGAGCAACAGAACCAGCACCUGAGAGAACAGAAUAACAAGUGCAAUCAGCAGCUGGAGUUGCUGAGGAACCAUAUUACCAACAUUGGCCUCAAACCACCUGCACCCACGAGGGCUUCCCUGUCGUUGGAAGUGGAUCCCACAUUGCGCAGACGGUCGGAGAGCUUGGAGGGAACGCCGCAGGCGGUACCGGAAAGUGUGCAAAGCGCCGUAGCGGAACCGCAAGCGGGUACCAAGCAUCGAAGACACCUGUCCGCUUGUGGGACGAUCCAACGAGGGAUCACCACCACCAAUAUGGACUCAAGUGCGCUAGCUGGCUGAAUUAGUUCCGUGUUUUAUCUGGUGAUGUUGCCAAACAUACCCGGAGUCUCGGAGACCAGCAGAGACAGCGGAAGUUCCGAAGCUGUUCACGAUUACGCGGAGAUUUAUACGCCAAGCAGAGAGGGGAUGAAUUGGACUCAGAAUGCACAGGGUCCUCGACCACCCACUCCGCCGUUGCACCGAUUUCCCAGUUGGGAGGCGAAGAUAUAUCAGGUGGCUGACGGCGGGCUUGGCAUCGGUCCACCGACGAACGAGGAAUCCGCGCCCUCCACAAUGACCAACACGACCAGCUCGUCGAAACAUUCCCAGGCGACAGGACACAACUUGACUGCGCACAACUCCCAAGGCUAUUGCGAUAUUUCGGUUCCAGUUUACGCAACUGUCAAGGGACGAGCCAGUCAAAUUAGGUCUAUGCCCUUCGGAGACAGUUCCGACGACAGUUCCGACGGCGAGGAACACCCUAAUCAAACGGAAACCAACACCAGAAUUACCAAUAGUUCUUCGGACAACACGGACUCUUCGCUUGGAAGCGGAAGCAGCCCUUCGAAAAGUGUGAAAACCACCAGCAGCCUUAGUCCCGCGAAAAGAAGCUCCAGUGGUUCUCCUAGUAAAAGUGUGAAACGUGAUACCUCUCUGGAAUCUGGUCUGUCGGAAGACUACGCGAUACCUCCCGAUGCUCUUAGCUCCACUUCCCUCGAAUCUAGUAUGCCCAGCCUGCUGAUGCGCGUCUCUGGCGAGAGUCCAAAGCGGCAAGAGUCUCUGGAGAAGACUGGCCACCUGGCGAAACUCGGUGGCAAGUUGAAAACGUGGAGGAAGAGAUGGUUCGUGUUGAAAAACGGAGUGCUUACGUAUUGGAAGAGUCAGAACGACGUGAACAGAAAACCUCAAGGCCAAAUUGUAUUGGACGAAGUAUGCAGGAUAAACAGGGCAGAAGGAGCUGCCACGUUCGAAAUAGCAACAGGAAAGAAAACGUAUUAUCUAACAGCAGACUGUAUCGCGACGAUGGAAGAAUGGAUAAGGGUUCUGCAGAAUGUACAAAGGCGGAACGCGACGAAACUUUUGCUCAGCAAAGAGGAUAACAAGCCUACGAUACAAGGAUGGUUGACGAAGGUGAAGAACGGGCACGCUAAAAAGUGCUGGUGCGUCCUCAUCGGAAAAAUGUUCCUUUACUUUAAGUGCCCUAACGAUACAAAUCCUAUUGGACAAAUAAAUAUGAGAGACGCCAGAGUAGAAGAGGUCGAGCACGUAUCCGACAGCGACAGCGAAGAGAGAGACGCAGAGUGUCCUCACGAGCGAACGAUUGGCAUAUUUCCUACUCACCAAGGUCCUACGUACUUGUUAAUGCCUCACAAGCAGGACAAAGACAAUUGGUUGUACCAUUUAACGGUGGUUUCCGGAGGCGGGCCUAGCGCGGGAACUCAGUACGAGCAGCUGGUGCAAAGAUUGAUGGAAACCGACGGGGAUCCUAGCUGCGUCCUCUGGAGACACCCUCUCUUACUCCACACGAAAGAAAGCAUCACUAGCCCACUGACCAGCUUGACAUCCGAAGCCUUGCAGUCAGAGGCCAUCAAGCUCUUCAAGGCUUGUCAGUUGUUCAUGUCGGUGGCAGUGGAGCAAGCAGGCAUAGACUACCAUGUGGUAUUAGCGCAAAACGCGUUGCAACAAUGCCUAGACCAGCCUGAACUGCAAUCUGAAUUCAUAUGUGCACUGGUAAAGCAGACAAGUCGUCACACUCAACACCGUUUGGGCGUACAGCAGCUCCUCCUCUGCGCCACGCAAUCGCUGUUCACCUGCGAUACGCAAAGUCCCGCGGCAAAUGGCAGCGGUGAAAAUGCGGACGCACAAUCGACGGCCUCCACUUCUCACAGUCCUCCGCUCAUGCAGGGCCACUCGACCUCUACGAUUCUGGACUGCAAAACUAAUCCCGCCCAGUACGUUCUUAUCCAGGGAUGGCAGCUGCUCGCGCUCGCUGUUUCUCUAUUCCUACCGAGGAACAAUCGGCUACUCUGGUACCUGAAGUUACACUUGCAAAGAAACGCGGACACUAAAACGGAAUGCGGCAAAUACGCAGCCUAUUGCGAACGAGCGUUAGAAAGAACGCUGCAGAACGGCGGAAGGGAGGUGAAACCCUCGAGAAUGGAAGUUCUGUCGAUAUUGAUGAAAAAUCCUUACCACCAUUCUCUGCCACACGCGAUACCGGUUCACUUCUUGAACGGCACGUAUCAAGUUGUAAGCUUCGACGGCAGUACAACGAUAGAGGAGUUUCUGAAUACCUUGAACCAGGAAAUCGGUUGUCGAGACGUUCACCAAUCUGGCUUCACAUUGUUCAGCGACGACCCUAUCGAGAAGGAACUUGAACAUUUCAUUGAUCUCCAGGCAAAACUCUGCGAUAUAAUCUCCAAAUGGGAAACAGCAUUGAGAGAGAAGGGUUCGGGGAAAUUCGAGAAUACCAGAGUGAUACAAUUAACGUACAAAUCACGAUGCUAUUGGCGACAAGCGGCUAAGAUGGAAACCGACAGGGAGAGGCUUCUUUUAUGUUAUCAGAUUAAUCAACAGGUUGUGCAAGGGAAAUUUCCGGUAAAUCGGGAGCUUGCGUUUGAACUUGCGUCGUUAAUGGCACAGAUUGAUUUUGGAGAAUAUAAUAAUGAUAAAGCCCGAGGAAGCGGUCCAGGAAGCAAUCCGCAUCAUCUGGUGCUCCAGGCCUUGGAUAAAUUUUAUCCUGGACGAUAUAGAACGAACAUCACUGCCGAACAAUUGAGGGAACUGCAAGAGAAACUGCAAGAAAAAUGGAUCGCGUUAAAAGGUCGCAGCGCACUAGACUGUGUUCGCAUAUACCUGACCUGCACCAGAAAGUGGCCUUUCUUCGGAGCUACACUUUACCAAGCGAAGUUGAAACAAACUGAACCUGUAACCGUAUGGAUAGCAGUUUCCGAGGACAGUGUAACGUUGCUAGAGCUACAAACGAUGGCAGUAAUGUGUCGUUAUAAUUACGCGAACAUAGUUACGUUUGGAGGAUGCUUGGAUGAUUUUAUGUUGGUCGCUUGCCCCGACGAAGGCGGCGGUGAACAAAAGCUUUUGUUUGCACUAUCGAAACCUAAGAUUCUGGAGAUAACGUUAUUGAUCGCUGAUUAUAUGAACGCCUUGGGACAUACUUUACCUGGUACACCACAGAUGAACACACUCACCCGUAAUGGCUCUCACAGAUCCAUCAAAUCGACCCUAAGACCCACAACUGGUUCGAGCUGUCUUCCAACGCAACCGGAUAUCUUGAAGUCGACGCCAGACCACCAAAGACCUUAAAAUUAAAGACUGGUCACUCGAAUUGGAGAAAAAAGAAGCAGGGGAUUAUGGCACUUGGUUCAUGAAAGUCUGAUCCUGCCAAGGCACUAACUUUAUACUCGAAGGUACUACAGGCUGUAUAAUAAGAGACCCGCGUUAAACACGAUACACACUGGAAGACGCGCAGCAACGUGUAUGUGCGCUAUAGUUGAUUUUUAGUUGCGUUUCGUGUAAAUUAGAGAUGAUGCUUAACAGACAACGUUGUUCAUGUACAUACCUGACAGCAUGCAAAAGAAAACACUGUGGUCCACGUUAUGCGAUUUAAACGUGGGUGACUGAAAUGAUUAACCGAAAAAACGAAA